AUGUUAAUAUUUUUAUUACAAAUAAUCUCAGCAACUUAUUUGUCAAUCAUAUCAGAAGAUAGUAAAUUGGCAUCAAUAUAAAUAAUACAGCCGAAAUCAGGAAACACAAAACGUUUAGUUUAUAGAUUGGGGACAGAAGAUGAGUAAUAGAAUAGUUAAAUUAUAUUUAAGUUAAUGUAUUAUAAGUGUAAAUGGUGAACCAUUAUUUACAUAUAAGAUAAAAGAUCAUGAAUUUGAGAUCUUGACAGGAUUUUCAACAUCUGAUGGAGUCAAGAUAGUAGAUCCAGAGAACAAAUUUUAUUUCCGAGAUCUUUAAUAACCAAUGUUAUUCGUUUUAGAUGAUUUUGAAAUUCCAUUAGAUGGUUGGAGUGAUACAAGAGUAUCAUAAUGUUAGACAAUACAAAAUUAUUUUUUGGGAGGACCUUGCUAUUUUUCAAAUAAUACAGUUUCAAAAACAUUUGUAGGUUUACCAUCUCAUGAAUAUAUUACAAUAUCAUUUAAUUUUCAUUUUAUUGAUUAAUGGUAGGGUGAAAUAGGAUAAUUAAAGGUAGAUAAACUAAUUGUAUGGUAAGAUACAUAUAAUUGGUGUGAUAAAGUAAUGCCAUGGUUAUGUUAUAAAUAAGGAAUUAAUAGUUGUGGAGGAGAAGCUCCAGAUUAAAUAGGAUAAGCAAUUAGAAUAACAUUAUAUCACAUAAAUUCAUUUGUAAACUUAGAGUUCUCAACAACUUUAGGUAAGAAAGAUGCAUGUUAAGCAUCAUGGGGUAUUGAUAAUGUUGCUAUUUAUGUAUAUUGA